CGCAUGCAUGGAGAAAUGGCUCGGUGAGAGGCGCCUUUGGCUUUUCGGCAAUCAUUUGCCCCUUCUGCCUCGCAGAAUUGAAGACGAUUGUUCGAGUGCCUGUCGAGACGGUCUAUCAGAUAUGUUGCGUCGAUUCUGGAAGGAGCUGGAAAGUCGAUUGGACGUUCAUCGCGCAUCCCCGGGAUCAAGCGUCGAUAUCAGUGAAAGGUCCCGAGCCCCCUCUCGCCUCAUGGAGCGCUACGAGAAACUGGGCAAGCUCGGAGAGGGCAGUUACGGCAUGGUGUUCAAAUGUAGGAACAGGGACACAGGCCAGAUCGUCGCCAUCAAAAAGUUUGUUGAGUCCGAAGAUGAUCCACUCAUACGCAAGAUCGCCCUCAGGGAGAUACGCCUACUCAGGAAUCUGAAACACCCCAACUUGGUUAAUCUGUUGGAAGUGUUUCGACGGAAGCGGAAGCUCCAUCUUGUGUUCGAGUUCUGUGACCACACUGUGCUGGCAGAACUAGAGAAGUUCCCACAAGGCUGUCCGGAACUGCUGACUCGGCAGAUCACGUGGCAGACGCUACAGGGAAUAGCAUAUUGCCAUCAACACAACUGCAUCCACCGAGACGUGAAGCCGGAGAAUAUUUUGCUAACAGCCCAGGGAGUUGUUAAGCUCUGUGACUUCGGUUUCGCGAGAAUGUUGAGCCCAGGAGAAAAUUACACGGAUUACGUGGCUACCCGUUGGUACCGAGCUCCGGAACUCCUGGUGGGUGACACCCAGUAUGGGCCUCCCGUUGAUGUAUGGGCCAUUGGCUGUGUGUUUGCUGAACUAAUUCAGGGACAAGCACUGUGGCCUGGGAAGUCAGAUGUGGAUCAGCUGUACCUCAUCAGGAAAAGUCUAGGAGAUCUCAUUCCACGUCAUAUGAAUAUAUUCAAGUCGAACGAGUUUUUCUACGGCGUGUCCCUACCCCAGCCCGACAUCUUGGAACCCCUGGAGAGCAAGCUACCCAGACAAAGCAACGCCCACGUCUUGGACUUUCUCAAGAAAUGCGUUGACAAGGAUCCUGCCCGAAGAUGGUCUUGUGAACAACUUCUAAGGCAUUCCUACUUCGACAAUUUCCAUUUCAAAAUACCUGAAUCAGAAUUGGAAGAAUUUGAGAAACUGCGAAAGUUACGGGAUAGAUCUAGGAACUCCAGCUACAGCAAUGGCUCCAUGCUGCUACCCCAGUUACCAAGCAAUGCUGGAAGUCCAGACUUCCGAACUUCAUUCAGUCAUCCAAGGGGCAAUCAGACUUUUGAUCAUCUUCCUACCAUAUAAUUAUGGAUAAUCUACCUUGUUUUUAUUUCACAAGAUGUGAUAUAUUAUAUGUUUGUGUAACAGAAGUUCAAAAUCCUCCAGCAAGUGUACAGAAAUAUACCGGACCCUUCACAACUAUGGGUUAAGGGAAAAUAAAACAGGGACCACAAGAUAUUGUCACAGUGCCUGUGAUAUUUAAAAUGUCUACUGAUUUGUGGUUGAAAUGUUGUAAUUUAUAUCUUUAACUUUUUGCUUAAUAAUUACGUUUAUGUGUUUUAAUGUAGACAUGUCAUUCAUGGGGGGGACUGAACAGGAGCUUUAGUGAAUAUCUGUUGAGAUGGAAUUUGAAAGAGGCUUGAUAUUAACUAAAAAAUCUGAUUGGAAGACUUUUUAAAGCUUCAUAAUAUUCUUAGACGAGGGAUGUUUAUUAUCCAUCAGUUAUCAUCUGUGUGUGAGAUGAUCAUUGUAUGAAUUCAUUGCCUUAUGGAGCAAAAGGGUUGAACUGAACUACGGUGAACAGCAUGGUUCGAUUUUUACAUUAACCAAAAUAGGGAGGGGGAUGGCCCAACCAUCCAAUAAAUAAAAUGUUUUAUAAUAAUCUUUGA